AUGGAGUCCUACGCGCACUACGACGCCUACACCGCCUACUCCUCCGACGCCUCCUCGGGGCCUCGCACGCCCUCGCCCCGCGCCUCCCUCCUCGCCGCGUCCCCGGCCUCGUACUCCCUCAAGCUCGACGUCGAGCAGUCCAUGCCUCUCAAGCCGGUCAUCGUCGACUCGAUGCCCGCGCAAGACGACUACCAUCAACACGGCAUCGCGCCCUUUGCCGCCUGGUCUCAGCCUCCCCAGCACUACGCGCCACACCAGCAGGGUUCCCUCCUCGGCGAGCUGUACGAGCAUGACCUGCCUCAGGCGGAGCCACAAUACAUGGCCGAGCCAUACCCGAUGCCUCAGCGCGCCCAACUCACCCAGCCAGACAUGAACGCCGUCCGCCGGGCGACGUACCCGUACAUCCGUUCCGAGCGCGACGAUCUGGUCCAGUACACCCAGCAGCCCUUCUACCCGCACGACGGCUACAGGCAACCCCAGCAUCGCGCCAGUCUGCCCGGCCUUUCCCACUCGAUGGGCCCCUACGAUCUCGACCCGCGCGUGAAGCUCGAGGACCCGAUGUCGGUCAUGGUCGCCCCCCAGAUGAUGUACCGGUCGCACUCGAUGGACCACAUGCACCACAUGCCCAUGCCCGUGCACCCGCCCCACCCAGUCCAGCUUACGGACGAUGCCGCGUCGAAGGAGACGCAGUACUUGCGCCGUCGCUGCACCAACUGCUCCCAGACCGAGCCUCCCAGUUGGCGUCGUUCGACACUUAACCCGGGCAAGAUCGUCUGCAACAAGUGUGGCUUGUACGAACGCACCCACCUGCGCCCGCGACCGCUCCGUUUCGAUGAGCUCCGCAAUGGCAACAAAGCGCGCAAGGCCGCGAAGAAGGGCGGCAUCGUCAAGGCUGAGGCCAUCGAGGCUUCUAUGCCCUCGAUCGUUCGCCGCGCCUCCAUGUCCUCGCAAAACUCUAGCGACUGGGACGACUCGCUCUCGGUCGGCUCUUCUGGCUCUUCUCUGCCGUCUUCGUCGUACAGCUCGCCUGCGCCUUCUUCGUACGCCCUUCCGGCAGACCGCAAUUCGCAGUCUCCGCACUUGCCCGAAGGCGGUAUACGCCUCCCAAACGUCGACAUGUCCGGCCUGGCUCUACACGAGUCGCCGCGGCUCGGCGGUGACUUUUCCCUCUCGCAGCCUGAAUACUAUUCGUCUCCGGCAGCGUCGCUAUCGAUGCCCGGUUCGCCUGGUCUGAUCACUUCCUCGCCUGCCCCCCUGGGUUCGCCCCAGCUCGCGCCACGACCCGACAUCCCAGAGGUGACGGGCUGGCAGACGGUCUCGACCGACAUCCCGUCGCCCGGUCGCCACGGGCCGUCACUCUUGCGCAAGAGCGUGAUGACUGCUUGA